GUUGACCUGCGUGAUGCUUUGAAGAAGGACGAGUUUGAGCAUGUGAUCAAGAAGUUGGAUUACGACCGAAAGGUCUUCGAGAUUUGGAAGACUAAGUGUGCAGGAGUUGGGUUAGCCAGAAUGCAUGCCAAGCAGGAGCACAUCGUGAAUGAACACCGGAAGGUUGUCCAGACUGUUGAGAACUACGUGGAAGGCUGCGUGCGGUUCUUGACCUGGGAAGCCCACAAGUCUGCCGACAGCCUCAUCCCCCAGCUCUUGAACUUCCGGAUGGAAGCCUUGAAGAAGUUGCGCAACCAGCCGCAACCAGGAUCAGUGAGUGAUGUCCCAUCCCUGGUUCUCAUCAAUUGGACUGCGCCCUGCUUGUUGCCAGCGCAGCGCCAGAAAGACCAUGCCAACGUUUUGGCGUGGGCGCUUCAUGACAACGCCAACAGCUGUGGCAUCAUCCUGUCACCCACCUUUUCGUACCAGAAAGGCAAGACAAGUCUAGAGGAACACGCUGCCUUGAAUGUGCUCGCGCAAAUGGGCUUCAAUUUGGACUACCAGUUCAGCCUCCUUUAUGCUGAGCGGUGCGACCUCCGGGACGCAAGGACUGAGCCAGUGAAGCAAUUGCCUGCGAAGGAUUUGAAAGAAGUGGAGGACAUGGCUGAUGACUCAGUACCCACUUCCUGCAGCAGUGGCUUCGUCACAGGUGCAGCCAAGCAUUGCCAGGUUGGAGCCCCAGCCGCUGAGGAAAUCCUCAGAAAGCUGUUUUCUGGUGUGGAUCUGGUCCCAACACAGACGCCUGCGGUGCUCGUCAUUGACCUUUUCCCAAGGGUCGGAGAUUUUAGUCAGGCAUUUUGCAAGCUUCGCAACUCUUUGACCUCUACAGCCUCUUUGUUCUAUGUGGCCGUGGCGGAGAAGGGCAAGGAGGUGGACUGGUUGCGGGCCACUUUGGUGGAAGACCUCGUCGACAAAGUCAAAGCUGAGCAGUUUCAAGUGCCAGGCCAACGCCCUUUCCAGAAGGAAGUCAGUGCAGAUUUGCUCGAGGCUUUGCCUGCCCUGCCCGUCAUGAACCUGCUGGUAACUACUGGUGAAGGGGACGAGAAGAAGUUGAAGAUCCCCAGUUCUUUGGUCAAAAAGUGGAGCUGUGACGAAGACUUUGCCCAAGUCUUUUCGAAGUGGCUGGAUGAGUUCUGCGAGGUUUACUCGGUGGCCGAUGAGACUGAGAACACUUCUUCGCCCAACAAAAGACCAGCAGAAGGCCAAGAUGCUGCCAGUCAGGCCCAGCCAUCUCCCAAGAAGUUGAAAUUCGACGAGGUUGGCGCAGAGCAUUUGACGCCAAACGACAAGAUCUCUGAGACGCUUCUUGUGGAAUGUAAGCUUGGGGGAAAGGAUUCUUUGAAUUUCCAAGUUCGAACUGGCAACCGUGCCUACUUCGUCAACCUGACAGGAAACGAGAUAUCGCUGAAGCCUUAUGCUGCUUUGGUUGGUUUCGGCCGUGGUGCUUUCAAGCUUUUCAAGGGGGACGACGUGGUUCCUGAGAAGGCAGUGAUCUUCACAAUGGGCCCAGACAGCUUGGUUUCUGUCAACGGUGUGAUCAGCAGUGUCAGUGAGGCCUUGACAAAGCAGCGGCAGACUAAGCCUGACGCAGUCGUUUGCUACCACAAAGCAAACCCCGUUCCGGAGAAGCCAGGGGAGUUUACAUUCACGCAGACCCACAAGGUUGGCUUUGUUCCUCCUGGGAAGAAGGAGGGUGCCCCAGAGGAAGCCGUCACUGCCACCAACUUGGCAGCCCGUGUGAGCAUGUCUUCAUUCCAGAGCCUGCAUUGCGUGGCCUUCGUGUGGCAUAGCAAAUGGACAGUGAAAGGAUUACAACCCAUCAAGCCCAUGCUGCACCUUGUGAAGGCACUCGUGUUGACGCCGGGCACUGCUUGCAAGCUGAACGCUUAG